CCCUACCUCCCUUUCCCUCUUUGUUACCCAUCCUCCCUCGCCCUCCUCCGCCCCUCUCCUAGCUAUCCCCUGUCCCACCCCCGCCCACCAUCUUGACAUCAUUGUUCCACAAGCAAGACACACAACAAGACACAAGUAUAUCAACGACAGCACCUCCAAGCACAUCACACCCAUCUGCACAAGUCAAUAAUAAGUAAAGGUCUCACAGACCCGCCCUCCCUCCUCCUUCGACGAUAGAGAAAAACUCAUAGCGUCUGUCGAAGAAGAAGACGACGACUGCAAGCAUCUACUGAUUUGAGCACCCCCCGGUCCUCAAGCACAGCAACACACUAAGCAUCACAGGCGGUCCUUUGCAGGUCAAGGGCAUCCUUUCGAGCCACUUUGCUCGCACGCGGAUUCAUUUCUCCCUUCACACAUAGCCAUCCCACAGCACUCUAGAAUCACAUACAAUGAAGCUCCUCUUAGCUUCUGCCAUCGCCCUUCUCUUCACAGUGCAGGCUGCCGAAGCUCGCCUGCGCCUCGGUCUGGCAUGGGGCACCGACAACAGUUGGAUGAAGACCAUUGCAAAGGGCAACAUCGAGUGGUAUCAUCACUGGCAAGAGGCUGCUGUGCCUGGCGCUCCAUCCUCCGUCGACUAUGUGCCCAUGUACUGGGGCCCAAAGUACGCGAGCAAGUGGGCUUCUCGUCAGGCAGAGAUGAAGAAGAAUCAGCCCUCGCGAUUGCUCUUUGUCAACGAGCCCGACGUCGAGUCUCAAUCGAACCUGUCUCCAAGCCGCGCAGCUGAGCUCUUCAUGUCCGAGAUGGUUCCCUGGCAGAAGAAAGGCGUCAAGGUCUCGAGUCCUCAAAUCGUCUGGAACUUCGACUGGUUGGACAGCUUCAUGAAGGCGGUAAAGGCCAAGGGAGCCAAGCCCGACUUUGUAGCUCUUCACUGGUACGGCUCGUACAAGGACAUUGCCGGUCUCAAGUCUUUCGUCAAGAAGGCAUACAAGAGGUACGGUCUCUCCAUCUGGCUCACAGAGUACGGUGUCACCAACAAGAGCGGCGCUUCUGCCUCUGAGAUGGCCGACUUCCUGCAGGAGGCUACUUCUUGGCUCGCCAGCCAGAGUUACGUCAAGCGAGCUGCCUGGCUGGGCUGCUUUGCCAUCAACGACCCACCCGACAGCUUUGCCUCUGCCAAGAAUGCCUUCUUCAACUCCAACGGCUCUCUUCGAUCCAUGGCCAACUGGUACGUGGGAGCCUCGCUCAGCAAGCGCUCCCUCAGCGACAGCGCCGCACACGUUAUUCGCAGCCCUGGAGCUAUCCGUCACCUCAAGGGACGCAGCGCAAACCACCGAGAGAUCGCCCGCAAUCUUUCCAAGGCCGCUGAAAGGGACGCCGAAGCCGAGUCUGCCUCAGUCGACGACGACGAGGACGACGAUGAGGAAUCGUCUACUCGUUCCGAGACGGAGAGUGAAGACGCUCACUGCGACAAGUACUGCAAGCUGAGGGCAGCGUCGGUCGCAAAUGCCAGCGAAGAUGAUGACUUCCUGAAGGGGGACGACAUGGGAGACCUGGACUCCCUCCUCGACUAGACGAGCUGUGCAGAUCUGGCUUCUCUGCUCCCAGCCCCUCCCACAUGUGAUUACCUCUCCCCCCCCCCCCCCCCC